AAUAUCAUAGCUCAGAACUAUGCGAAUAUCAACAUCGUAACACACCGUCUGACAGGAAAUGCAAUUAUGCAAAAAUGCAAAUAGUUAACAAAUCGCUGCGUCAGGUGAGAAAUUUAAAUGCGAAAUAACACAUUGACAAUAACAUGAUAUUUUAAACAUUUCUUGUAUUCUGAGUCAUCAAUAUUUUUUGUCAAUUUAAUUCUUCUUGAACCAUAUGGCAUACUGGUUUCAUCGUAAUCCUUUAAAAGCUACUGGUGUCGUUUCCUUUGAAGUACUUCGUAGUGGUUUGACAAAGCCAGCCGCUUCACAAUUAUUAGGUGAAUUGAAGAAAUGUCGUGCAAACUUGUUGGAAGUGAUAGUGGAGCCAUCAAAUGAGAUUUCAACUGUUGAAAACAUUUUCAAUCGCUACUUGUCCCUUAUACAUGGGUUGUCGUCAUACAAUGUUGAUGAAGGAGCUAGCACUUCUGACAGUAAACUACGCAAGCUUGUGAGAUUUAGGUGGACAAGUUCGGUUUGUGGUAGUACUCCAAUGGCUAUGAUUGACUCAAAUUUUGAGCUUGCAUCAGUGUGUCUUGAGUUUGCCAUGUGGUGUAUGAAACAUGCAUCACAUAUUGCUGAUAAGAGUGACGUGUCCAUGGAUGAAGCAAAAGAAGUCCAUACAUGCUUGAAAAAAGCAGCUGGAAUAUUUCAUUAUGUGAAGGAGAGUGUACUUGGAACUUUGGAGCAACUUCCAGAGUCAAAAACAACAGACAUUGAUGUGCGAAUUGUUGAAGCUUACAAACUGCAAUGUAUUGCCGAGGCUCAAGAAGUAACUGUUGCUCGAGCAAUGGAAUUGAAACACAAAGCAUCACUAAUCUCAUCCUUGGCUUAUGAAACAUCCAAAUUAUAUUCACAGGCAGUGGAUUUCCUGACAUCUAUGGACGUCACAAGAACUGGAAAAUGGAGGAAAUACUUGGAAAUCAAACGUGAUUUUUAUCUUGCUUAUGCUUAUUGUUACUAUGGUGAAGUUCUUCUUACUGAAAAAGAACAAUGUGGAGCAAGUAUCAAACUUUUACAGGAAAGCGACAAAUUAUAUCAAAGUGCAUGUCGUAUGUGUGUGGAAUAUUCAUCACUUAAAGGACCAGCGACAACUCAAGCCCGUCCUGCCGAACAUUCUUUCUUUAAAGCACUUGGUAUUGCAAUAAAAACGAGGCUGGACAAGUCGACACGUGAAAAUGGAUUUAUUUAUUUCCACAAAAUUCCCGAAGAAAUUCCAGAGAUUGAAAAAAAGGCUUCACAUGGGUUGGCUAGUCCACAAGAAUUCUCACUCCCUUCCCCCCACCAACUAUGGACUAAAGAAGUGUAUGAAAGUUUUGAUAUUGAGAAAAUCCCCAAGGAAAAGGCUCCUGACAACGAACCUAUCAAGCCAAUUACUGAAAAUGAACAAGGUAAAUCAUCUUUCUCAUCUUGUAUCAUAUCGUAAAAAGCGUUGAUUGUCACACAUAAAGACGCUUUGAAUUCCAACCAAAUAAUCAAUAAGAAAUUUAAGAAAGUCUAUUAAUGAAAUGAUUGUAAUUAUUAUCAAUAGCAAUGUAGGUACGAGGCUAUUUAUAUCCACUUAUGUUGCUAUUCUUAAUUUUAUGAAUCAAUCUCGUACUCAAAGCCUUUUGUACGAACUCUUUAUGAAUAUAAUUAUUGUUUUCAUUGAACAUAUUUUGUUUUAAAA